AGCAUCAGUCAAAUUCGUUGACGGUCGCUUAGGCUGCUAGCCGCGGUUAGCAUGUAUGCUUACGCGCGGAUGAUGUUGCCGAGCGUGUGGUCCUCCUUGUUGAGCGUGAACAGGCACGAGUUGGGCACUUUGGUGUCCUUGGUGAUGGUGAUCUUCUUCUCGCCCUCGAAGAGCAAGAAGGACUCGAAAGCGGGAGGCGCGUUCAUCUCGCUCAAUGUACAAGCAAAAGCCGAAAAGGGUCGAAAUCGAAAUGAGCACCGACCGGAAGCCGCCAACGAGCAUUUCUUGUCUCCGUGCAGCUGCGGAGCGCCGCUCCACGGAUUGGAGCGGUACUGCGAGUGGGCUUUCAUCAAACGUGAAAACGGGCGAAUGGAUUCUUUGCAAUAGCCCGAAAGUCUUUUAGUACAAAUAAUGACUAUUUGCUCAAACGUUUCUCGUCCUCGAACAUUUGUUUUACACAAACCAAUCAAUGAUUGAGUGGCAUAACCGUUUUUGAAGUUGGACACCCUCAAAUGAUAACAAAUAGAACAUUCAUUUUACUUAUAUAAUUGAGGAAUAAAACUACUAUAUGUGGAAAGCCUUAGAUCAUUUUAUUUUGCUAUUAUUUUGUUUAUGUGUGAAUGUACCUGAUCCUUUUUGCAUUUGACUUCAACAAAAGCCACCAUUUUGGGAUGCAUCUUGUUCAAUAAUAAUCAAAUAAGUACAAUAAAAUAAAUGAAUAGAUUGGAGUGGAACGGUUGGCCCAACUCAGUCAAGCAAUUUUGGUGUUUAUUGAUUUAUGUUAUCCUAGAUGUAUUGAAUUGAUUGGAGCUAUAGCCAAAUACGUAUUAUUUUUUUAUCAGACAAUUUUCUAUUAUUUUGUUUUAGCCCAACACACUCACGCGUAAACGUGUUUCCGUACUAAUGUACGUAGUAAAUCGUACAGUCUAUUGUUAAAAUAAAGUUAUGAAAAAACAAACCAGAGGUGGCAUGCAUUGGGGUGAAUCUACUUCCGGGUGUGUCUCGUGUCCAAUCCUAACGGCCACCUUUUCACGAAGGCUCCUCCAUUGGCUACCACGAAGAGUUUUGUAUUCGAACGUCGGCCGCCGAUUGGCUCAGCGCGCCGGUUGCCGUCCGGCGUCCGUUUAAACUCGGAGCGCCGCUCGGCUCAUUCGAAACCAGCGAACUUUUUGCGUUUUGGCUCAACUUCGGCGCACACGCCAAGCUCCAAGCGACGCCGAUGGCCUCUCAGAACUUGGACCCCGCCGCCGCCUCGGCCGGAUCCAACGCCGCCGCCAUGAAGGGCAGCGAGGCGGGCGCCAGCUCCGCCAAAGGAUCCGUCACCAAACGGCUUCAGCAGGAGCUGAUGACGCUGAUGAUGGCGGGCGACGAGGGGAUCUCGGCCUUUCCCGAGUCCGACAACCUCUUCAAGUGGAUCGGGACCAUCGACGGCGCUCGGGACACGGUGUACGAGGGUCUGUGCUACAAGCUGUCGCUGGAGUUCCCGGCGGGCUACCCGUACCGGGCGCCGCGCGUGCGCUUCCUGUCGCCGUGUUUUCAUCCCAACGUGGACGACAACGGCUUCAUCUGCUUGGACAUCCUCAAGGACAAGUGGUCGGCGCUGUUGGACGUGCGCUCCGUCCUGCUGUCCAUCCAGAGCUUGCUGGCAGAACCCAACAACGAGAGUCCGCUCAACGCGACGGCCGCGGCGCUUUGGGCCAACCGAGAAGCCUACAGAGCUCAUCUGCAGUCAACAUUCCAGAAGUGAAAUUGCUUUUUUUUUUUUUUAAUUCAACUUGUAUGCGUUUUUGUACAGUAUUUUUAUGUUGGUUUGCCUUUUGUUGAAUAAUUAAAGUUCUUA